UCGAAUAAUCAGACCAGGAUCUCUCACGAUUCACAUGCGGGUGGCUGUCUGUUAUUUAGUCUGCCUGGCUCUUCGAAGAACAGCCUCUGAUCUCUCUCGUUCUAUGCACACUGAUUUCCCAGUUAAUAGAAACUUCUCUCGAAUAUAUAUUAGCACGAACAAGAAGGCGAAGAAGAAGCAGCAGCAUCAGCAAUGGGAGAUUGUAGGCCUCUAGGGUUCUUGCUGGGCUUACCAUUCGCAUUCGUCGCCAUAAUCCUUUCUCUAGUCGGUGCGGUCGUUUGGGUCCUCGGGACGGUGUUGAGUUGCUUGUGCCCGUGCUGUAUAUGUUGCGCGGGGCUCGCAAAUUUGGCAGUGAGCCUCCUCAAGCUUCCCAUCAAGAUCCUCCGGUGGUUCACCGAACAGAUCCCUUGCUAGCUAGCAAGAAGUGAACAGAUUGUCCGAUGAUUCUCCGAGACGAUUCGCUCACAAUUUUUUGUGUUAUUAUGUAUAUCGUGUAUAAUUCUUUGGGCGAUUAUUUGGCCAGAUUAUUUAUUUUGUGAUGAAUUUGGGAUAAAAAGAUAUUUUAUGGUCAGAAAGAAAAUUAAAUUAUCGCACGCUGAAUCGUUCAAAUUCUUCACGUCACGCAUUGUCAAUGCCUCACGAUCUUGACCGAAAUUUUAGUGAGUCUCGUUUG